AUGGGCGUGUACAGGGCUUUGCACCACAUGGGUGCUUUGGCAAAGCUGGAUGCCAUCAGCUCGGUGUCGGGAGGUACAUGGGCUUCGGCUGUCUACAUGUUUGGCAAGGACUACCAAGGAGUUGCCAUCGACACCACGACAAUGUUGGGGCCGAAGACCACACCAUCUGAACUUACGAUGUCCAAACUCAGUGAACCAGCUGCGCCCAUGGCACGGGGCGUCACGCAGGGUAACUCUACGGAGCUGGCCAAGCAGCUUUUUUGGCAACAUCGCAACUCUGAGCUUUGGAACCGUUUAGUUGCCGAGCUCGUGUUGAAACCCUUCGGUUUGGAGGAGUUGGACAGCUACAUGGCGGCGUCUGAAGCUGCGGUCCAACGCAUAAAGGCAGAGAACCCAAGUCUUAAGGACAAGAAAAUUGUGACUCCUCGUGCAGAUCGUCCGAAGUUGUUCGUGAUGAAUGGAGCAUUGCUAGCCCCCAAGCGCUACAACACCAACGGAGACAGCAUAGUCUCCUUUCAGAUGUGCCCGGACUACACGGGCAGUCCUUUCUACCCUGGUGGUUGCAAGGAAGUGUUCAUGCCGGAAGUCACCUACCACGCCGCCCCCAUCUGCUGCGUCGAUCCAUUCUGGAGGCCUAACAUCUCCCAGGUUGUGGGCGGUGGGAUGAUCGAAAGUUUCGCCUUUGGGAAGGAUUCGUUCAGAAAAAGCACCCAACACUCGAAGAAUGAGGCCGUGGGUGCCCCCGCGCAGGGCUUCUCGCUAGCCGAAGCAGUGGGCAUCAGCAGCUACAAUCCGGCACCUCUUCUGGCCAGUACCAGGCUUGCGGCCGCGAUCUUCAGCAUUCAGAAGCAGUACUGGCCAGUCAUUUCCGGCAAAACUCAGCAGACUUGCCCGGCACGUGAUUUUCAAUUUGGGGAUGGAGGCAAUCUUGAGAACUCAGGUUUGCUUCCACUGCUACAGCGUAGGGCCAAGAACGUGAUAUGGGUUGCUAACAGCUACCGGCCCUUGAGUAGCAGCUAUGACUUUGAGAGUGCCACGCCCGGAAGCUUCGACCCUGAAGCCGCGGGAGUUGUCGAGUCGGUGUCCAGUGUCUUCGGCUACGGCUUUAACGAUGUCUUUGAGAAGAACCAGCUGUUGGGCCUCGUCCGGCAACUCGCGGAGCUGAAGGCGGCAGGCAAGCCUGCCGUGAUCAAGGAGACGUUGCAUGUACUUCCAAACACCUACUGGGGCAUCACGGGCGGCUAUGCGAUGAACCUGGUGUUGAUUUACUUGGAGGAGGUCAGAGAUUUCCAGGAUCAGUUGCCGCAAGACAUUCAGAUGGAGCUUGCAAAGGGGUCGGCUGGGGCAUUUGCCAAUUAUCCAAUCUAC